CUCCUGGUGGUAGCAUCUGCACAGCGAUUGGCUGAUUGACAGCACCUGUGGAGGACUGAAGCUCACCUCCAUGUCGGCCUCCUGGGGAUUUGUCAACCAUAUCGGAUUUUAACAUGCUCUCGGCCAGAUGUCUUUUCCCCGUAAUCACGCUGUUGCUUGCCAGCUGCCAUGGCAACCAAAUACAAGGUGGGAAUGAAGCGACAAAAGAAGAAACGUUCCGCAUGAACUCCACCAAUAUGACACGUUUCACGUAUGGGAUCGCUGCCAAUGUGGCUGCCGUGCUGCUGUAUGGAAGCAACUUUGUUCCUGUGAAAAGAAUCGAGACGGGAGAUGGCAUGUUUUUCCAGUGGGUGAACUGUGCAGCUAUAUGGGUGGCGUCCAUGGUGGGAGAUUUGAUGCUGGAGUCUCCGAAGUUCCAUCCAUUUGCAAUGCUUGGUGGUGUCAUCUGGGCUACAGGGAGCAUAACGGUCGUUCCCAUCGUUAAAGCCAUCGGCCUCGGCCUCGGCAUUUUAAUUUGGGGGUCUUCCAGCUUGUUGAUUGGCUGGGCCACUUCAAGGUUCGGCUGGUUUGGGAUUGCUGCUGAGGAUGUUUCCAGGCCCAUAUUGAAUUAUUGUGGAGCUGCCUUAUGUCUGCUCAGCGGCCUUAUCUUUUUCUUUGUGAGAGCGGAUGUGCAGCUGCAUCCCAAUCCUGAAACGGCUCCGUUACUCAUCGACAUGCGAACACGCUCAGACAGCUACGGGAUGAGGUCCUCGGAGUUCUGGAUCGACUUCAUCGGACCCAAAAGCAGGCGCUUUGUAGGCUGCCUGCUCGCCGUGGUGUCGGGCGUGUUGUACGGGUCCUGCUUCACGCCCAUCCUCUACAUCAAGAGCCAUUCGUCGUGUCGUGACAGCGUGUUCCACGGUGCUAGUGUUUACGAUCUGGACUACAUCUACGCGCAUUGCUGCGGUAUUUUUGCCGCCAGCACGGUGUACUUUGCCAUCUACUGUGCCAUUAUGAAGAGCAGGCCAAGGGUCUACUCCAGGGCCAUUCUACCAGGUCUCCUGUCCGGGUCGAUGUGGGCGUUGGCCACGUACUGCUGGUUCCUGGCUAACAACUACCUGACUGCGGUCGUUACAUUUCCCAUCGUCACAGCCGGAUACGGCCUGGUUGCAGCACUUUGGGGAAGCCUGAUGUUCCGAGAGAUUAAGGGGUUACUGAAUUGCUUAGUUUUCUUCCUGGCGUCCUGCGUGGUCCUGACCGGGUCCUUGUUGACGGCCAUCUCUAAUGUGUGACUCUUUUCAAGGUCAUGCUGUCCAGUCCACAUAUUUUUUUUCUGUAAGAAAAUGCUAUUAAAAAUGAAUGC